GUGACUGAAGCAUGUGAGGAAGGUAAACACGCUGCGGGAAUAAAACUGUCCAACAAUGAGAAUUGAAAAUAGCAGCUAAGAACAUUAAACCUUCUAUGGGGGCACACAAAAACGAGCGCGCCUACAUUGACUCCUGCCUGUGCCUCGGGUCUGCUCUCGGUUGCUACUGCUAGCGCGAGAAAACGGACAUGCAUGCACGCACGCGGGCGCGAGCACACAACACACACAGAACACACGCGGGGGAGAGCGAGCGAGAGACGCAAGGGGGAUGGGGCUGGUCACGAACGCGUUUCUUUUUAACUUCCCCGUGACAAUUACAGUUAGCCAAAGCGCACACAAGUCGUCAAAUAACAUAACACUGCCAGUAAACGAGGGGGAUUUUUUAUCGAUAAAGUUUGUGUUUGAAUCGUCACCCACUGCUGAAAUGAUGGCGGCCGAUCAAACUGUGCACGGAGUUCCUCCUUCAUUGUCUGCCAAAGUGGUUGGGUCAUUUGCUUAUUUUACUGUAAAAGACAGAUUGCCGACCAUCUUGACUAAAGUUAUAGACACAAUACAUCGCAACAAAAACAAGUUUUUUGAAGAAUAUGGAGAGGAGGGUAUCCAGGCAGAGAAGCAAACAAUAUCUCUGCUGUCUAAGCUGAGGAAUGAGCUGCAAACGGAUAAGCCAAUACUAGCAUUGACAGACGGCUUGCACGACACAGAGGCCUGGAACCAGUACCUGCAGAGACAUCAGGGAGUGCAAAGGGACCAGGAGUCUGUCAGCUGGUUCAAGUCUCCAUGGCUUUAUGUGGAGUGCUACAUGUACCGUAGGAUACAGGAGGCCCUCUGGCUCAAUCCCCCCAUCAGUGACUACGAUGUCUUUAAUGAGGGAAAGACUCAGAGCUUUUUUGAGUCUCAGCAGGCUGUCAUGGCCUUGUGUACAUACUUGGAGGGCAUCAACAAGAACAUGGAAGGGCUGUCCAAGAAUCAGUUGCUUGAGCAUUUCAACAAACUCCUGCUGGUUUCUCUGUGGGGGAACAAGUGUGACCUGUCUAUCUCUGCUGGACAAGAGAACUCGCAGAAGAUGAGUCCAAUAGAUUCCCUUGACAGCCUGCAACCAUUCAUCUUGGUGAAUGACUCUAACAUGGUAUGGUCAACUCUUAUUUCUGCUCAAAGGCCAGGACAGUCAGGGAAAGUCACUGCAGGCAGAGUGGACAUUGUACUAGACAAUGCUGGCUUUGAGUUAGUCACUGACUUGGUCUUAGCAGAUUUCCUGGUUUCCUCCGGUCUCGCGCGUGAGAUCCAUUUUCACUGCAAAUCUAUCCCAUGGUUUGUCUCAGACGUCACAGCGAAUGAUUUUCAGUGGACCAUCCAGCAGACCAUGGCAGCCAAUCACAAGUGGAUGUCCAAGAGUGGUUACCAGUGGAAGAUCUAUGUGAAGGAGGGUGUGUGGUCCUAUCAUGACCAUUGUUUCUGGACGCAGCCCCAUGAGUUCUGCGACAUGGCAGCUGAUGCUCCUGACUUGUAUGCGACCCUGCAGGAGGCAGACCUGGUGCUGUUAAAAGGUGAUCUGAACUACAGGAAGCUGACCGGGGACAGGGACUGGGACCACACAGUGGGCUUUGAUACUGCACUACGAGGAUUUGGGCCUGCCCCACUGUGUAGCCUGAGGACUCUCAAGGCCAACGUUCAGGUCGGUCUGCAGCUGGGCCAAGGGGAGAAGCUCACCUCUCAAGACCCAGACUGGAUGACCAGUGGCAAGUACGCUGUCAUUCAGUUCUACAGCCCAAAGUCAGAACAGUAAGACUGGCCACAGCAUGUCACUGGGAAGAUGUGGAUUUUAUAAGAGUGUUACAGUAACAAGUACCAUAAGCAGAUGAUACCUUUAAGCCAUAAGACCAUUAACUUAUACGAGUUUGUUAAAUGGUGUCUUCGUUCCUCAUCGUUAGUUAGCACUUCAUCAUGUUUGAUACAGAAAUGCACAAUAAGAAAAUGUAAACCAAAAAAAAAGAAGGAUUUUCAAUACAAAUUUGUACCAUCUCAUACUUCAAAUGCUAGCACUUUGGGGUUUUGAUGUUUCCCCAUGAUUUGAACGCAAUCCUUGUUUACAGUGAGAAAUUUAGAGGUAACAAAUCAAGGUUGCUUGCUAGUUUAUGUAUUGUGCACAGUGUAUGAAGUCACAAUGUUUACAAGUUAAUGUAGAUGCUGUUAACAAUUACUGAGUUGAAAUUGAAUAAGCAUUGGGCUUUAUAAAUCUCUGUUAUAGAGCGGCAAUACUUACGUUUUUGCAUGCAACUGGGGAGAGUGAUGAUAAAUAUAAUAUAUUGUUAUUUUAAUCCAACUCAGCUCAGGUUGUUUUACUGUUGCUCUCAGUGUCAUUAAUAUGCAUGCACCAAAACAUGCAAACUAAUAUUUAAAUUCACUUAAGGCACAUCAUAACAUCAUUUGAAAACUGUUUUGCUCGGUUUGAAAGUUGGUAGACUGUGUAACAAUAACUGUGAUGACAUAUGCUUGUUUUGUUGUAAACAGCAACCCAGACCUUUGUAUCUUAGUAGAUAAAAGUGGAUUUCUCUGUGCACAUUGUUUUGUCAUUUAAAUCCUCAUUGUCAGUUUCAUUCAGAGGUGAACUUAACUGGAUUCUUCUCAUUGCUGCAGGGGAAAUCAUAUCACUUUCAUUAAUGGGUUUGAUUUAAUAAAGAACUGCAAUUA